AUGUCUAUUUUUAUUACAACUGAAAAUAUUUCAAAAGAAAUUCAACAAUUAAUUAAUUCUUUUCAAGAACAAUUAAAUCAACAAUAUCCAGAAUUAAUUAUAAAAGUCAAUCAACUUAAUAUACAAUCUUCAUUAGAAUUAAAUCAGCUUAAUAUGCAAGCAUCAUUAGAAUUAAAUCAACUUAAUAUGCAAUCUUUAUUGGAAUUAAAUCAGCAUAAGAUGCAAUCUUCAUUAGAAUUCAGUUUUGAAGAAUUAUUUCCAUCAAUUCAACAAGAAACAAUUACAAAAAAUGAAUUAAUAUUAACUGAACUUGAACAGCGAAUUAUUAAUGGAAUUCAAAAAUCUAUAAAACAUGGAAUAAGUGCUAAUCAACCACCAAAGCUACCUUCCAAUACAACAUCACUUACUCAAUAUAAUAAUAUAUUAGAAGAUGAUCAAUAUACUCAAACUUCAGUAUAUUUUGAAAUUGGUAGAAUUUUAAAAGAUAUAACUAUUGGAAUACGAAGAACUAAAAGAAUAGCAGAAAUUCAAAGAUUAUUUCAACAAUAUAUCAGUACUAUUAAUUUUAAAUCACGAGCCUUAAUGGCAAUAAGAUUAUAUGAAUAUUUUCAAAAUAAGGAAUAUCUUCUUAUUUAUAAAAAAAUUGAUAGUUAUUUUAAACCAAGUAUUAUUGGAAAACUUAGCAAUGAAGAUAAAAUCUUUAAAUCUUGA